ACAAACCUUUCGGGAAUUGCUCUGAUACUGAAUGAAAUACCGAAUAUUUCUGUACCGUAUUUCUAAAAGCCUUGAUCAUUUGGAGUAAUAACUUCGUAGUAAAUUGACCAUGUCUCACUUUAUUUUCAGAUUGAAAGAUGCUCCCGACUGGCGUUAACCUCUUGGCAUGCUUCGCAUUAUUUGGCAACCUGGCUGAUGGACAGGUAAAAAUCCCAUCUUACCCCCCAGACGUCAACUACACACCAACCUUCCCUCAACUAGUAGCUAACAAUGGAUACAAAGCGGAGACACACACGGUCACAACUGAGGAUGGAUACAUUCUAACGCUCUUCAGAAUCCCGCGGGGAAAGAAGUGUAGAGGCCCCACAAAGCAACCCCCAGUACUCAUCAUACACGGAUUCCUUGAAAGCGCUGACUGCUAUAUAGACGGGGACCCAAACACUGAUCUUGGAUACCUCAUCCCUGAUGAAUGCUAUGAUACUUGGUUCGGCAGUUAUAGAGGAACAUUUUACUCCAGAGGUCAUGUAAGAUUAAACCCUAAUACAGAUAGAGAGUACUGGCAGUUUUCUACGGAUGAAAUGGGAAUGUAUGAUGUCCCAACGUUUGUAGAUUACGUUUUAAAUAACACAGGGUCACAGCAGCUGAAUUACAUAGGAUUUUCUCAAGGAGGAGGAGGGUUUAUCAUCAUGUGCUCUGAAAGACCUGGUUAUUGCAAUAAAAUCAAGCUCUUCAUAGGUCUAGCGCCUGCGACCAGACAUUUGAACACCAGAUCUUUACCGUUCAGACUUAUAACGCAAGCCGUCAAUGGAAUUUUAGGACCACUGCAAGAUGCUGGUAUAUACGAGUUAUUAACGAAAGGGUAUCCUAUUCAGAGAAUCUUAAACUUCCUUUGCCAGAACAACAUAUUGGCUGGAAUAAUUUGUGGAGCAUUAGAUGCCAUUCUGGAUAAUCCAAAUCCAGGUUCAAUAACUCCUAAUACAUUAAGAAUCGUUUAUCAGCAUACGCCAGCAGGUAUUUCAACUAAAUUGGGAGCUAGAUACGGACAAGCAAUGACUGAGACGCAGUUUUUGAAGUUCGAUUAUGGAGCGACAGCGAACAUACAACUGUAUGGAAGCGCUACGCCUCCAGCGUACAAUAUAUCAGCUGUAACCUGUCCUGUUGUAGUAAUCCAAGGUAUGAACGACGGAAUUGUAGACUUGAGAGAUUCUCUAUGGGCCGCGAACCAGAUGCCUAAUCUUAUAGAAUACCAUAGAGUUUCUGAUCCGCUUUGGACACAUUUUGAUAAUAUCAGGAGCCAGUUCAUACCUAAAUAUACUUUUCCAACUGUACAGAAGUAUUUGAAGCAGUUCAGUUCAGAUGGAGGAUCAAAUCCUACAACACGUAAUCUUAGAAAUCUUAACCAUUUUCCGGGAAGAGGCUAAAACGAGGGCUAGCAAUAUCUCCUGAAUCAAACCAUUGCUUAAACUAAUUUUAGCCAUAUUAUUUAUCCCACCGCUGUCAAGGACAGUCAAAUAUAUUUAAAUACAGCAUCCAGAGGCAGAUUUUUAAUAUAUAUUGAAACCUUUUUUAUUAUUAUAAACUGACCAGUGAUUGACCUUAGGUGCACUGGAAAGUAGUAGUAGUAG